AUGUCUUUGUCCGAGUCACUAAAGAUUUUCGACAAUACUAUUGAAGAACUAAUGUCUGUGCCUGGACCAUCUGGUGACAUAAUAAGGAAGAAAUGUGAAAACGUCAUCUCUGCAAAUACAGACUUUGAAUGCAUCAAGGACAUUGCAAAAGUACUUUCUGGUGAUACUACAGUUGAACUUACCAUAUCUCCUACCAUGGCUGCUUUACAAGGAGCUGCGGCGGACAUCUUGGAAACUCUUACCGAAGAACAACGCUAUGAUUUUAAUGUUCUUUUACAUUCCUUGGAGCUACGAUUUGGUGAAAAAUGUUCUGGAGAACGCAGCCGACUGCAACUGAAGUUCCGCUAUCAGGGAGCAAGGGAAAGUCCCGAAGAAUUGAUUACUGAUAUUCAACGAUUGUCACAUCUUGCAUUUUCGGACAGGCCUGAAGUACGUCAAGAUUUAGUUCUCCAACACUUCAUAGACAGAUUGCGGGAUCUAGAGCCACAAAUGGCUGUUAGACUCACCGAUCUGAAGGAUAUAAAAUCCGCUCUUGUCUAUACACAGAAGAUUGAGGCAGCUCUGCAAGUCUCAUGGAAGGGAUGUAUCAGAGCAGUAUCAGCCACAGAUUCGAACUCUGACCGUAAGAAAAUUAUGGAAAGUAUCCUGCGAGAAAUGCGCAGUUUCAGAGAAAGCAGGAUGAAAAGUGAUUCAAUGUUGGAGUUAAGGGAGGGCGUGUAUGUACAAACAGCCCGAUACUUAAAACUAAUGGAGGUAACACUCCACCUCAACAGGAAAACUAAUUUGUGACAUCUCGCGGAGUGGCGGUGUCCAGAAAUUAUGAAGCCCCGAGUCAAACUGUUGCAGAUUUCUUCACUGAUUGGUGGCGACAGUGGACUUCCAAGCCGCAUGGUAAUCGAUACCGAAACCAACGUCUCUGAGAACAGAUUUAGUUCAUAAGUUAGGCGAACAUUUAAUUUUGACUCUGUCCCACAUUACACUACAGACUGUGACUGGUGCCAAAAUCAACGUUCACAAAAAAGGUCCAACUUAAGAUUACAUUUGGUGAUGCCAAUUACCAUCAUGUGGCUGAUAUUAGUGAUGAUUUCAUUCCCGGAUUAGACGUUUUACAAGCAAAUAACUUUAAACAGGACUUCAACAGGGUUGCACACUCCGCAGGGAAAACCUGGAAAAUACAGGGAGUUUAAAAAUUACCUAA